AACAUAAUAAGAUUCCUUUUCCCAUUGACCAAGACGGGGACAUGGAAGUAUAUGUUAAAACGCGACUCUAACGCGAACGAGGGCAUAACGGCUGUGGUAACGUCACGCCCAAGGGUUGGCACCCUGCCCUUGAAGGUGGAUACCUGGAUCAGCUCUAAGACCUAUGACUACUCAGGAGGUCGUAGUGGAGUCGUCGCUUACGCCUACGUUCACCAGGGAUACGCUCCAGUCAUCAGGGCUUUUGUGGAUGUGGAGGUGUCCAGACCAGGAGACAUAUUUAACAUAACUCUCUAUGAUGAUGGCAAACUCCCUGACAACACAAACAAUGACGGCGUUUACAGCAACUAUCUGCUCGGCUUCAAGUCCAACUCCCGUUACUCUAUGGAUGUGAGGGUUGAGUCGGUGGAGGGAGAGACUGUCAUCAUCAAAUCUGGGAAUACCCUGUCUGGCAGAACACUCUCUGUCUUUCAGAACACAACACCACCAGUGAGGAAUGAAACGGUGGAAGCUUUCAGCAGAACAGCUUCUCCAGAUGCCAUAGAUAUAUCUGGCUAUAAUUCCUCAGUUGACCAGCUGGAUCCAGGACGAGUUACCGACCUUGACAUUGCUAUAGAAAACAAACUCAAUCAAACCGUGACCUUGUCUUGGACUGCUCCAGGGGAUGACCUGAAUGUCGGAAAAGUUGCAAAGUAUGAGCUGCGAGUUGCGGUGACUUUUGCGAGCCUCAGAGUUAACUUCACACAAGCCUCGAUGGUUAUGAACGAAGAUUUAGUCACCGGAAGCUUGGACCCACUUCCGGCAAGAUCGCAGCAAAUGGUCACGAUUCGGUUACCGAUCAACUGGCCAAGUGAUUUCUACGUUUUUGGGCUUAAAGCGUUCGACGAAGCCAGUCGCCAGUCAGAGUUGUCGAACCUUCGUUCCAUCACCUUGAAGCCUCUCACCAUUCCGCAACAAAACCCUGCCCCUGAGCCUGCCCCCGAGCCUGCCACCAACCUCUUGAUAUGGGUCGGAAUAGGCCUGGGAGCGGCCGUAACUGUUGCAGUUGUACUUGUUGUCAUAGUGAUCUGUAUGUGCAUGAGGAAACCUAAAACUAAGGAAAAUCCGAUAUAA